CAAUAUAUAUCGAGGUGAUAUAUUCAAUUGCUGUAUUAGAGCAAUGAGUAGGAAAUCCUUUGAUCCAUUUAAAAAAAUAUCAGUAAUAUUCACUGACUGUGGUGGAAUGUCAGAGGGAGCUGUGGAUAUGGGAGGUCCAAAAAGAGAAAUGUUUAGGCUGGUUCUUAAAUAUUUAGAAGAAUCGAGCCUCUUCAUAGGACAAGAGAAAAAGUUUUUGAGGCUCAACAUGCAUUCAUUAGAAAAAAAGGAGUAUUUUUUUGCUGGACGGAUCAUUGCACUCAGCUUGUUGCAUGAAGGACCAGGGCCACACUUCUUCUCAGAAUCUCUCUACCAAGCCAUCACAAAAGGUAUUGACACAUGUGAACCGUCGGAUGAAUUUAUAGAAGAGGAAAUCAGCAAUAAAAUCAACAGAAUAAACAAUUUUGAUCCCGAUGAGCUGAAGGAAUAUGUGCUAGAGGAGCAGAUAUUUUCAAUUGCCGGAUGCUGCAUUUUAGAUGACAAAGAGAAGUUGAUAAGAGAUUGCUUGAGAUUUUACAAUAUACAUCGUGUACGACCUGCACUAGAUCAAUUUAUGGAUGGAUUGAAAACAGCUGGGAUAUUGCAGCUACUACGUGAACAUUCUGAACUAUUCCAUCAGAUCAUGUGUGGAAAUAAAACCCAAAUUUCUUCCCAGAUAAUGGAAGAAAUAUUCGAAUUCCAACUAUCAGAACAAGGAAGUAAUAAGCGGAAUUUGGAAAACCGACUGAGGGCUUUCUGGUGCGAUUUCCUGGUGGAUUGUGAAGUUGCUUUUAUCAGUAAUUUGAGGCUAGUUGAAAGCGUUGAUCAGUGA